AUGGCUACAGAGAGUGUUCCCUCCGAGAUCAUAGAAAGAGAAAGAAAAAAGUUGCUUGAAAUCCUCCAACAGGAUCCUGAUUCUAUCUUAGACACUUUAACCUCUUGGAGGCUGAUUUCUGAGGAAGAAUAUGAGACUCUGGAGCAUGUUACAGAUCCCCUGAAGAAAAGUCGGAAGCUGUUGAUUUUGGUACAGAGAAAGGGAGAGGUGACCUGUCAGCAUUUUUUCAAGUGUUUAUUCAGUACUUUUCCAGAGACAGCUGCCAUUUGGGGCUUAAGGCACGAAAUUUUAAAACACAAGAAUAUACUACCACCUCAAUCUCUUGGGGUAAGCCAGAAUUCAGAAGAUGCUUUUUCUUUUGGAAACAAACAACCUGAGAAUCCUGAAAUUACAAUGUCCUUCAAAGAGAAAGAACAUUUGGAUUUGGAAACCUUUGAGCUUUUCAAAGACAAGAAAACUAGUUGUGGGGAAACUGCUUUGUCCUCCAUGGGGAACGAGAAGGGAUACCACACACCAACAGUCAUAUUGCCGCAUUCAGUUGAGAACGUCGAAUACGAAGUUCCAGCAACUAUUACAUAUUUAAGGGAUGGACAGAGAUAUGAGGAGCCAGAUGAUUCUUUAUACUUAGGAGAAGAAGACUAUCUAGAAUUUCUUGCAUACUCUGAAGAUGGAGCAACCACCGUGGAAGAAGAGGAUUAUGAGGAUCCCGAGCACAUUGUGUACGAGAGUGAAGAGGACUCUGAGGAUUCAGAAACCGCAGGGUUCUUUAGUGAAGAACAGAGUUAUGAGGAUCCAGAAACCAACAUUUCAUUGGAGGAGGAAGAGGAAGAGACAAGUAUGGAAGAAAGAAAAAAGGUGUUUAAAGACAUCCUGUCAUGUUUGAACAUGGAUAGAAGCAGAAAGCUUCUGCCAGAUCUUGUUAAACAAGUCUCCUUAGAAAAAGGAUGUAAGUGGACACCCAAGACUCCGGGAGACUUAGCCUGGAAUUUCCUGAUGAAAGUUCAAGCACUGGAUGUGACAGCCAGAGAUUCAAUUCUCAGGCACAGGGUUCUGGAUGAAGAUAGCAAAGGGGAAUUGCUGACUGGCUUGGAGAAUUUGGAAAUUCAAGACAUGCAAACCAUUCAUCCUCUGGAUGUCCUUUGUGCCUCCAUGCUGUGUUCAGACAGCUCUUUGCAACGUGAAAUCAUGUCAAACAUGUAUCAGUGCCAGUUUGCUCUUCCUCUGCUACUGCCAGAUGCAGAAAACAACAAAAGCAUCUUAAUGCUGGCGGCCAUGAAGGACAUUGUGAAGAAGCAGUCAACACAGUCCUCAGGAGGGGCAACAGGGGAUACAGAAAAGUUUCUGACCUUCACGAAGAUGCCUGUCAUUUCUUUUGUACGUCUAGGACACUGUAGUUUCUCCAAGUCCAGAAUCCUCAACACACUGCUCAGCCCCGCCCAGCUGAAAUCACACAGAAUCUUUAUCCAUCAAGACUCACCUGUUCUGGUGCUUCCCCGGCAAAUCUCUGAUGGUCUGGUUGAGAUAACAUGGUGUUUCCCUGACAAUGAUGACCUAAAGGAAAACCCUACUUUUUCCCAAAAGCCUGUUGCUGUGGCCAACCUUCGUGGAGAUCUAAAAUGCUUUUGGACCCAGUUUGGUUUUUUGAUGGAAGUUUCCUCGGCUCUGUUUUUUUUCACUGACUGCUUAGGUGAGAAGGAAUGGGACUUGCUAAUGUUUUUAGGAGAAGCUGCCACUGGAAGAUGCUACUUUGUCCUCAGUCCCCAAGCCAAGGAGAGUGAAGAGUCUCAGAUUUUCCAGAGGAUCCUGAAAUUGAAGCCAUCACAGUUACUGUUUUGGGAUGGGGAGGAAGCUGGGGAUGGAAGGAAGAACAUGGAGGGCCUCCGAGCUGCCCUCCAGGAAGUGAUGUCCUCCUCGUCACUCAGAUGUGUGUCCGUGGAGGACAUGGCCUGCCUGGCCAGGGAGUUGGGGAUUCAGGUAGACCAAGAUCUUGAGAACACUCAAGGAAUUCAAGUUUCCCCUAAUGAAAACGCGGCUGGAACAGCUGAUGGUGAGGGACAACAAAGACUUAGUCAAUCAAAAAGCUCAUCUGGAGGCGAUGCUCAGAUGCCUGUAAGAGAGCCCUGGGCUAGUUGUGAGGUCGGCUGGAAUCUCCAGAAUUUCCACCAUACCCCACUAGUCAGGCCUCAUCUAGAAAGCUCCUGGCCACGACUAACAAGAAUUAGGGGUAACUUUAACCAUGUUUCCUUGAAAGCCCCUCGGGUUGCAGGCUUCCACUUUGGGUCACAGCCGAGGUUUAAGUGGUUCUGUCCUUUGCCCUUUCAGAAUGCAAGGCCCCAGAGUCGAGGUAAAAGUUUUGGUGUUCAAUUCUUUCAACCCCACAGGUUUUAUUCAGGUGCAAGAUUCAUGAAAUUUUCUAGAACUGCUCGGGGGCGCCCCUUGAAUGGAACAUUUGGAACACCACCAAGACCCAUUUCUCAGCAUGUACAGGCCUGUCCAAGACCACAAGCAAUGGGAGCUGUUGAAAGGUCUAGGGUCUCCCAGGUAGGUCACUCCCAUUCCCUGGGUUCACAGCCAGCAGGAGUAGUAGGGAAGCCACAGCCUAGGCAAGUCUGCAUCCGGGGAACACAGCUAAAUGAAGCACCUGGAAAAUUUGUGAGAGCAACACCCCAUAUUGAAGAUCCUCACCCUCAAUCCUUUCAACCAGCAGGAGCCAUACAAAAACUGGUAGGACCUGCUUCUCUGCAAGGAGCCCAGCAGAAGACACAGGGUAGACCUUUAAAUCCAACUUUCCAAGCAGGGAUGCAUCCUAUGUCCAAGAGCUCUCAAUUCAAAUCCAAUCAGCCCAAGCCAUCCCAAGUCAAACACUCCCAGCUUAAACCCUCCCACCCUGUGACCUCUCAACCUAAACCCUCUCAGACGAAACCCCCUCAGCCUCAGCCCUCCCAAGCUAAACCUUCUCCAUCUAGAUCUACUCAUCACAAGCCAUACCAGCCCCAGCCCUCCCAAUCUAAGCCUUCUCAGUCCAGACCCACUCAAUCUAAGUCAUCCUGGACCAGUCCUUCCCAGGCCAAGGCCUACCACCCAAGAGUAGGGCCCAAGAGAGGAGCGAAGCAUUAAAGAGCUUACUCCA